UCGGAAAAGAUGGCAAAUGCGCGAAUACAAUUCAAGACUUUGAAGGGAUUUCCCGAGGCGACGGACAAAAUCGAAACACAAACGUUUUUAAAUGCGGCCAAGGAAAUCGUAACUGUCAUCGAGACCUUUGGCAAACUCUUUACGCCCGUCAUCAGCGACAUGAAUGGCAAUAUAAACAAACUGACAAAAGUCUACGGCACAGAUGUGCUGAAAUAUCAGUAUCUGGAGGAUAUGAUAGUGCUGAAUGUGAAUGUGGAUGACUUUGCGGCGAAUGCGUUGCUCUGGCUGAAGCGUGGCCUCCAGCUCAUCUGCACGUUCUUCGAGAACAUCUACAACGAUGCCCAGAGCUCAGAGGCACUGAAACAGCAUCUGCAGGAUGCCUACGAGCGCACACUGAAACCCUACCAUGGUUUCAUAGUACAGAGCACCAUCAAGAUCAUUUAUAGCUGGGUGCCGACGCGCAGUCAACUGCUGGGCCAGGGAGACGCGCAGCAGGAGAACAUCGAGGUGCUAACAAAUUAUUUGCCCACAAUGCGGGCGCAGCUCGACAGGAUCGAUGCGUUACUCAAGUCGCACAAUUUGGACGAUAGCCGCAAAGUGUGAUUUCAUUUUGCCUGCCUGCUUAGCCUGCCUUAGUUUAACUUCCUAUUCCCAAUACUCGCUGCCCAUAGUAUGUGUGAUAGUGUAGUGAAGUAAUCUGUCUGUCUGUCGUGUGUGUCCGUUUGAGAAUAUUUUAGUAACCGCGAUUCGUAAAAGAAACCAAAGUAAUAAGAUUAGCACGCUUUAUUUCAAAAAUUCAGUCAAUUGAGUUGCUUUGGACACACUGAAUUCUCUUGGGUAGCGAGUAUCUCGCAGUCGAGCAUCCUCGACUGUUAGUGUUCUAUUUGUUUUUUUAUUAAUUUGAUUAUUUAAAAGAUAAACUUUGCCAAGCUCACUGCAA